AUGACUGAGUCUCUACAAAGCUAUAGCGAGCAACAGACUAGAGACAGAACUCCAGAAAGGGGAGGAAGGAGGGUGCUGGGCUGCUUUGUGAAUGUCAACUUUAUCAGCUGGCGGAUUUGUGUUUGUCUGAGCAAAGGAGGGAGAGAGGGAGAGAGGAAGAGAGGAAGAGAAAGAGACGGAGCAGGAUUACCAUGCACUCCGUGUGAACAGCCCCAGAAUGCUUCACCCCAGGCUGGAGAGAAGCUGGCAGUGGCUCGCUUGCAGAGGGAAGUUGCACAGGGCAAAAGUGAAGGAACAAUGCGAGAGAAGCUUCUGAGCGCCCUGGAGGAGAAGCGGUGUCGCAGGCGGGACAGCGAGAGACAUCUGGGAGAGGUGAUGGAGGACUCCCAGCUGGAGCGAGCUCAGAUGGUGUCCUUACAGCAGCACGUCUCCAGGAUGGAAGAGACAGUUCGGACGUUGCUGCAGAAGGGGGUGUUGGAGCAGACGGCUGUCGACACGGUGGACCUCAUGAAGGCCUGCAAGGAGAAGCUGUCUGAGGAGGUGCACAAGCAGAGAGCUGGUCUGGAGGAGAGCCUGGCUGACAGGACAGAGCGAGUGCUCCCUGCUGGCGAGGGAGGACAGGUCCAGGACGACACCCGACUCCUCCUGGAGAGACUGCGGUCCCUGGAGAAGGAGAAUUCAGCCCUAGCUUUGGAGAACGAGAAGCAGAGAGAGCAGUAUGAAAGCUGUCUGGAUGAGGUUGCUAAUCAAGUCGUACAAGCCCUGCUCACCCAGAAGGACCUGAGAGAGGAGUGUAUCAGGCUGAGGACCAGAGUGUUUGACCUGGAGCAGCACCACCGCAGUGUGAGCGUCCUGUUCCAGCAUCGAGCCAGACCCAGCUCAGAGCUGCUGCUGCAGAAACUCCACUCUGGGAUCGUGUCGGCGUCUGACCUGGAGCCCGAGAAAAGCCCAAGCUUCCUGUUUUCCAGGAAUUCUGAGCCUGCGACGCACGAAGUGCAGCAGGGCGGGAAGGCGGGAUUUCCUGUGUGUACGUGUGCGAGCCAGCUGAAUGUGUGGGCAUGUUCCCCUCGUAGCUGCAGCAGCAGCGAGUUGUCUCUCUCCAGCGCCUGCAGCGAAUACUCCAGCGGAUACUCCUACACGUCGACCGCCCCACGCACCUCAGCCAGGCUGUCUUCUCUGACCUGGGAGAAGAGGCUGAGCGUGUGCUCGUCGGCCCCCGGCAGCGUGGGCCCCUCCCUGGGGGAGCCUCUCCCCUCCGGCAGGAAGGAGAGACGCAUCCUGGAUGGUCUGAGACAGCUGCAGAGACCCUCCCCCUCUGGCAAGGCCUCCAUGUCGGGCGACAAGGACUGCAUGAACUCCAACGAGGGCAUCUACUCUCUGGGGAUGAAGGGCAGGGACAGGGGGGUGUCCAGCCUGACCUCCCCGGGGGGCAGGAAGUUUUCGUACGACUCCGACGACGCGGACGACGAGUCACCUCGCGUGGCCGGGUGCAGGGGGUGGGGCGGGGGGGCGGGGGAGGAGGGCCGGAGGGGCUGCAGGGGGCUCUCCCACAGCGUGUUGGACAGCCUGUGUAGCUGGGAAGGCCUGCUGGACGCUGAGGCAGCAGGGCGGAGCAGCAACGAGCCUCCGCCUCCCUACAGCUCCAGGGAACGGCCCCAGGAGCUCAUGAGCUUGAUCAACAGCUUCCUGUCUGGCGGCCGCACCUCCGCCCUGCUCAGCCCAGCCCUGCUGGAGGUCUGCCCCACCAACCCCGACCACUCCCUCCUCCUCUCGGACACCGACCUUGAGGACCUGCCACUGGAGGCCGGCGACUCCCGUCCCAUCCCCAGGGGGGCCCGGCUGCUGGGAGCCCCUAACCUGAGGAGGGAACAGGGCAGGGCUCAGUCUGCGGACAGCAGGCCCCGGCCCUUCAGCCUCAGCAAGGACUACCAGGUGCCCAAGAGCGCCCAGUCGGAAGAGAGUCUCCUGGCCAUGUUCGACGAGGACGGGAGGCUCAUCGAGCUGAGCACUCAGCAGGGGGCCGGGUGUGGGGGCGGAGCCCCUGGCAGGGCUGUGGCUGGGUACCUGGCCGCCAGGCAAGCAGGAGGAGGCUCCAGGAAUUACAACCUGAUGGAGGCUCCAGAGAGGCCGUCCGAGGACCAGAGCCAGCCCAGCAGAGCCAGCAGUACCAGGGGGGAGGGUGCAGAGAGGAGACUCCUACAGCCCCAGAGCUCUCGCUCCAACAAGGGUCUCUCUGUGCCUCCCAUGACCCAGGCCUCUGGCUGCAUGGCCAGCAGCUCUAAGAUCCCCAGCCGGGGGACGCCGUCUCCUCUGAAGGUGUCCAGGGGCUCCUCCACGGACCCCCCCCCGGGGGCCCCCCCUCAGACGUCCCCCUCGUCUCCUCCAGUGAAGAUGUCCCGCUUCAUCAAGGCCUCCUGCUCUCAGAGCCCCAGGACAGUGAGCUCCAAACUCCCCAGCAGGGCUCCCUGCGUGUCCCCCAGCUCCCCCCACCCCCCCCGCAGGCUGCUGGACCACAGGGAGCCCCCCACCAGAGACACCCAAGCUGACCUCAGGUCCCCCUCGCCACCCCCUCCCCCCGGUCGCACUUCUUCCUUACUCAUCCGACUGAAGGAUGGUGCUCAACCCCCCACACUCACCCCUGUGAGGGGGCCGCCCCCCAGCUACCACCCCCCACCUGUACCAAAUCUACAACACAUGUCCCCCUGCAAGCCCCAGGACAGUGUGGACCUGGACGCGGGGUAUGGGACAGCAGUCGCACCUCAGAAGUUGUCUGGUAAAGCCAGCCAGCAGUCCCCUGUGAUGAAGGCUGGAGCUGAACAUCACGUGGGAAGAUGUAAAGGCACUUCUAAACGCACCCCUUCCAAGCUCCACCUCCCCUCCCCUGCCCCAGGGGGCGUGCCAGACCGUCCUGACAACACCAACUCUAAAAGCCCCAAAAACCUCCCUCCCAGCGUCCCAGCAGGUUCCCCGCUGCAUGGCACCUUUAAGAAGGUGUCUGCCAAUGAAAUGGCUUGUCCUCCUUGUUCCAAGGUGUCAAGCAACCAGCCUCCGUGCCGCUCAGAGCAUCAGGACGCUGUGUCCCUAUGUCCCCAGGCAGGGGCGAGCCCCACUAGGACAGGACCUCCCAACCUUGCUGAGAAGAACUCCAAAACACGCAUCCCCUCAGGGUUUAAAGCCUUUGUGAGGUCGCCCCCCUCUCACAGGACUGGCCCCUCCCUCCCAGGCAAGCAGGAGAAGGAGCACAUCAACGCCGUCUCCAGAGAGACGUCAAACGCCUCCACUCAGUGUGACCCUUCGCCCCCCUGCAGCGCCCCCCCUCCCGGGACCCCCCUGGUCCAGGCAGGGCGGGGUCACAAGGCGGAACGAGACCUCAUCAAGAGAUCCACCUCCGUCACCACUAAGCCUCAUCUGAAGCCGGCUCUGGGGAUGACUGGAGCCAAGGCUCGCAGCCAGAGUUUCAGCACCAGCUGCAUGGAGAGGGCCAGCGUGAGCACCACCCGAACACAGAUCAUCACCAACUCUGGCGAGAGGGGGAACUCGCUAACGAGACAGAGCUUGCUAGUGGACGGCCUGCCAGGGAGGGCCUCGGGGGAGGGGCCAGCCAGCUGCCCCGGGAAACGGCUGAGUCAUCAUGGGGGCGUGUUCACCAGUCACCAGGGUGUCACGGAGGACCUUCCCAAGUUCUGCACCCCAGAUGAGGGCUCCAAGGAGGACCCUUGUUUGGCCCCUGUGGAUCAGACGGGUCUGAAGGGCUCCAGGAGGCCAGCCGGGGGGGCCUCCCAGCCCCUGCCCUGCCCCCCCCGCCCCUUAGAGGCCCCGCCCAGCAGAGCCAGGAGCGAGCCGCCCGGCCCGGCCCAGAUCAGCCCCCCGGCCCGGCCGGAGGAGCAGGGAAGCCCCCCCGGCUGCACCAUCGAGGAGAAGGUGAUGCUGGGCAUCCAGGAGAACGUGCAGAAGGGACAAGGUCAGGAGAAGACCCUGCUCUCCGAACCCCGGCAGAAGACUGGCCCCUCCCUGGCCAACUGGUUCGGCCUCCGCAGGGCCAAGCUAACGGCCCCAGAUGCCACGUCUGACGGCCCCAAGCUCAGAGACGACAGGAAGGAAGUGAAGAAGGGAGGUGUGCUGGCAGGAAGGUUGAUCAAGACCCACAAGAAGGACAAGGGGAGGAAGGCAGAUGGCCCAUGCAAGGACAAUCAAGAUCAGAUGCUGUGUGAGAACAGCAACAAGCUCAGCUCAAUAAUGGAUCACUGUAACCUCCAGAUGGGACAUGUAGCCAAUCAGAUCCAGUGUUCGACCGUGUACAUCGGAAAAGAUCAGUUCAUGAAGGAUCUUCUGGGAAGGAGUGUGGGGGUGAAGGGCGACACUCAGACCAUAUCUCUGCCAGGCAUCUCCAUUCCCAAGAAACACUGCAGGGAAAUGAGAGAUGUGGAGAUCUGCAAAGAUAGCACUGCGAUCAUAGUGAAACAGAAGAUUAAUCUAAGAGGGAACAACCAGGAGGAUUCUAUCCCAGAAGCCACUUGUCAAGAUCACAUGAUCGGCUCCAGCUGUCAGAUGAGGACUCUGGACAGUGGGAUUGGAACAUUCCCGCCGCCAGACUCCGCCUCGCGCCUGAACGGGCGUCACAUCCCCCGGUCUGAGUCCAGCCCAGACAGGGUGGCAGGCCCUCCUAACCAGCCCCUCUCGGCCCCUGCCUCCGACCAGGACCUCCCUGACCCUGCGCUAAUCCCUGCGUCCCUGGGCCCCUCCCAGUCUGCCCCCAUGGUGGCCCCCCGCCCCCCCAUGGACGCCCAGAGCCGCCUCCCCAAACCGGCCUCCUCCGACGUGCUGAAUCCCCUGAGUCAGACAGAUCCAGCGUCGCCCGUGACUCUGCCCCCCCAUGCCACACACACCAACACAGGCCCCGCGGAGCCAGCCUCGCCCACGGACGGGGAUCUGAGGGGGCCUACGUCCUGCAGCAGCGACAAGGACCACCACACACUGGACCCCUCCCACAACACCCUCCUCAGCCAAUCAAACACCAGCAACUCAGAGCGGAGCGAGGGGACAGCUAGGGAGAGCGGGCGUCUGUCCCUCCUGGAGCUGCUGGCUCACCUGGAGGAGACCCCUGCCAGGGUGUCCCCGUACAGCAAGGCUCUCCAGGAGACCAGUCCCACCCUGCUGUGAGACAGAACUGCUGAUCUCCAGGCUGCUAGACGUCUUGCUGAACCAGGCCUGAGCAGCAGCGAAGGGGCUGCAGAGGAGGAGCUGCUCUGGAGGGCCAGGGGACAGAGGAGGGGCUGCUCUGGAGGGGCAGGGGACAGAGG